AAAAGGGAGUACGUAGGUUCAACGACUCAAAUCUGAUUGGUCGAGAAGGCGCAACUUCCGGUAGCACAGGUUGGACAUAAAGUGACAGACUUUCGACUCCUAAAAUUUGAAGAAAACCGAAGAACGGCGCGUCACAAGUUACUAAAAGACUGUAAUGAUUGUCAGACAUGGACGACAUCAACCGUCACUAUCGCUUCCUGAACUGGAGGAGAAGAAUGCGAGAAAUUCGUGAAGUACGAGCCGCGCGUUACCGAGAGCGGCUGAAGAGGAUGUCAAGAGACGGAGACGUACUCAGGUAUCAUGGGAAUUCCGAUGAAGUUGGCUGUUUUGUAGCAGCCAGGCCUUUGUCAAAACGGAACCGCUACUUUGAAGUGACCAUCAUGGAUACAGGAGUGAGGGGGAUGAUCGCCGUUGGUUUGGUGCCUCCGCUCUACAAACUGGACCAUCAGCCAGGCUGGCUUCCUAAUUCUGUGGCUUUUCAUGCAGAUGAUGGAAAGCUGUAUAACGGCAACACAGUAGGGCAGCAGUUUGGAGCAAAGUGCAGCACGGGUGACCGCAUCGGUUGUGGAAUAUCCCUGGACUGUGAUGAAGGACAGUUAACAGUGUUUUUCACAAAGAAUGGUGCUGAGGUCGGCAGUGUCGACAUCCCAGCAUCCCCUGAUGCUCUCUACCCUGCUGUAGGCAUGCACUCAUUAGGGGAAGAAGUGCUUUUGGACCUGAACGCAGAGUGGGGAACAGAUCAAGAUGAUGGACAAAUGAUAGUUGAUAGCCAUGAAGAGGACUGGGCCCGUCUCCAUGACAUCAAAGCGACUGGAAUGCUGCUAGAGUACGUAGGAAAAGGGAAGAGCAUUGUGGACGUGGGUUUGGCUCAGGCCCGCCGACCUCUCAACACCCGCUGCCACUAUUACGAGCUGGAGAUCGCAGAUGCUGGGGAGAAGUGUUACAUCGCCCUGGGGCUGGCUCGCAGGGAUUAUCCAAAAAACAGACAUCCAGGUUGGAGCAGAGGCUCUAUAGCUUACCACGCGGACGAUGGGAAGUUGUUUCAUGGCAGCGGGGUCGGGGACGCGUUUGGACCACGCUGCUUUGAAGGGGACAUUAUGGGCUGUGGGAUCAUGUUCCCGCGGGACUUUAACCUUGAUGCUGGAGAUGAGGGAGACGACUGGGACCUCGAUCUGGUGUCGCCACCUGCUGAAGUUCAAAAUGACUUGUACGCAAACAAUGAAGAUGAGGGCGAGGGUGAGGGAGAAGAUUUAGAGGGGAGGAAGGCCACGGUGUUUUUCACAAGAAACGGGAAGGUGGUGGGAAGGAGGGAAGUGGUUUUACCUGUCAGAGGUUUCUAUCCCACUAUCGGAAUGAUGAGCACCGGGGAGAAGGUUCGAGUGGACCUGCGCCCCCUCAGUGGCUGAAGGGGGAAGUGAUGGGAAGAUCCAAACGGUUCAUGAUACCUCCACAUCAGCUCGAAAACAUUUCCCUGACUUUGAGGUGGAGGAUGCCUCCUGAGAAACCUAAACCAAAACUCGCCAAUCCUCCGUUUGUGCCUAAGGAAGGAAUACUUUAUUAUGACCCGAUUUUAUAUUGUAAACAUUUUUAUGGACAAAUGACUAUUUUUGACAAUGUAAUGACAGUGUGAGGUUUAAUUCAAUGCCAAAAAGGGGUUUCACAAGAAAAAUGAAUGUAAACGUCUGGGCGAACUCAUCGACUCUGUUUUGUUUGAGCAGCGAUGUGAAUCCGGAAGUGACGCUCCCACCGCUGCCGCCAGCCAGGCUGCUUUCUGAGAUCAUCCCCACGGUGUGUUACUGACACUCAGUGGUGGCUGACCCUCAGACUUCCAAAGAAGCAGAGACACUCUGAAUGGGCAGAGCUUCAAUCAGGGAAAUGAGCUGCUCUGACGCUGGCUUUCAGUAAGCCUGGGUUCUUCCUCUUUUUGGAGAAACUCCUCAAAGCUUUAUGUGUUUGUUCUGUGGAAACGGUCUCGGCCAAAUAUGUGCAAUAACUUGUUAGUAAAACUGCCUUCUAGUGGCUUCUUACAUCACAAUCACCUUUUAUACUCGGUUUACCUUGAAAACGGUUGGAAUAAAAAAAGGUAGUUGAGUAUUUUUGUGGACCUGUAACCAACUGGUGAGAUAAAACGGAAGCCUUUUCUUUUCUUUUAAAUGCCAUUUGGGUUUGGUUUUACCGUCAGAGCCUGGAGGCCUUUGACCUUUGAGACAAAAACCAGCAGAACUGCAAAUAAACAAAAUAAAAACAAACCUGCAGCUUCUUUCUCUGUUGAAACACAGACCAGCCCUGCUUUGGGUUUUCAGAUGGGUUUCAAAUCUCUCAUAAGAAAUGGUAAAAAUGAUUACUUUAAAAUGUAAUGCACUGCAAACAGCAGUCCAUUUGCCUUUUUAUUCUUGAUAUCGCUUUACAUUUUUUUCCUUUAUAAAGAAUUUGUGUCCAAAUUAAAGCUUUGUUUUUGUGUUACAACUUGUUUUCUUUUUUUU